AAUAAUGCGUUACAUCGAUGGCAACAGCGAUUCCCAGCUAGCGAAUCCUCUCUAAGCGAAGAGCGAAGGGAGAACAGCAACAGCUAUAGCUUUUCAUGCCUCUUUGGGCCGAUCGGAAGUUACAUAUAUUUGAUUGCUUUUAGAUUGUAGCAGAACGAACUCACGAAGAUAACCAUUAGUAUUAUAUAAGAAGUAAUUUACUUUAAUAAUGGGUGAAUUGGUGGAGAAUUUAGAACGGAUUGCCCUUGAGCUGGUGGCAAACUUGGCCCACGGCAAUGCCACUUUAAGGGUUCCCCGGAAUUCAUCACCGAACAUGACCACGGCAUAUCGACGAGUCACAUAUAAUAGCCGCGGAAGCCGGCAUAGUUUUUGCCUGCUGGUUUACAUGCUGUCCCGGGUCCACCGAUUGCAAGUUCGCGGAGGCAGCUUCACCGUCCGUGGACUUUACUACGGUGAUUCAAUGCUGAUCCGGUCGCAGUCCAGGAUUGCCGAAGCCAGGCUGGAUGUCUGUCGAAUGCUGAAUACAUCCCCCUUAAGUUUGGGCAUCCUGGCCGCCUCCAAGGGCCUUAUGUCAGGCGAUGUACGGCUGCUAAUGACGAAUGGGGAUGUAAUGGACAGCAGUUUGUAUUGUGGACCGAUGACGCUGCCCACAGAUCCCGAGAAGGUUGAUCGCAUCGAAACCCAGGCGGACUUUGUUUUGGUCGUUGAAAAAGAAUCAGUGUUUGAGAGUCUGCUGUCGAGGAAUGUGUUUAGCACUAUUGACGGACGCUUCAUCCUGAUAACUGGCAAAGGAUAUCCCGAUUGUUGCACUCGAAGGAUGGUCCAUCGGCUCACUGAGGAGAACCAGCUACCGGCUUACAUUCUCGUGGACGCCGAUCCCUUUGGCAUCGAGAUUAUGCUUAUCUAUCGCCAUGGCUCGCAGACCAUGAGUUUUUCCAGUCAAGAACUUGACACACCUUCACUGCGUUGGAUUGGACUACAUCCCUCCGAGAUUCCCGCCCUCGGCACUGGAGCGGUUGCCCUGGGCACCGGCGACAACAAGAAAAUCAAUGACCUCCUCGCCCGCAACGACUUGGAGCCGGGAGUGCGCCAGGAACUGCGCAUGCUGCAGGACGUUCAGCUAAAGGCCGAAAUCGAGAGUGUCAUCGACUUCCUGACCGACGACUAUAUACCGAACAAAAUCAAUCGGAAUUUGUUUUUGUAGAGCAGGGUGGUAAACCUCAUGAGCGAAUUGAUUAGUUUAUACGGCUUACUGUUAAAAUUU